AUGUCAGCCCCAGGUGAAAAAAGAAAAGCUUCAAGAAAAAAGAAAGAUCCAGAUGCUCCAAAAAGAUCAUUAUCUGCUUAUAUGUUUUUUGCAAAUGAAAAUAGAGAUAUUGUAAGAGCUGAAAAUCCAGGUAUUUCAUUUGGUCAAGUUGGUAAAGCUCUUGAAUCAAUAAAUACACAAAACCAAAAAUCAUCAACAACAACUUCUAAAAUUAAACAACAACCACAACCACCACCACCAUCAACACAACCGCAACAAAUUCAACAACAACCAAUUUCAUCAUCUUCUUCAAUUCCUCCUCAACAACUUUUCCAACAAUUCCAACAACCUCAACAAUCUUUUCCUCCACCUCAACAAUAUCCUUACCAAUUUCAAAAUCAAUUACCACCUCAACAACAAUUUCAACAAUUUUACCCAAAUCAACAAUUUAAUCAAACUAAUUUAAAUCCAAAUCAAACUCAAACUCAAAAUCAAAAUCAACAACAACAACCUCCAUCAUCUUCAUCAAAUCAACAAAAUUCAAAUGAAUUUUAUGAUAAUUCCCAUUUUUAUCCUAAUUGGACAUAA